ACUUGGGUCUUUUAGCCAUGUCAAAAAUUUUAAAGACACACCCUAAAAGUGUCCAGGCACAUAAAGAUUUAGUAUUACAGUGUUUGGAUGAUAAAGAUGAAUCCAUACGACUUCGAGCUCUUGAUCUUUUGUAUGGAAUGGUUUCAAAGAAGAACUUAAUGGAAAUUGUAAAAAAAUUAAUGGCUCAUAUGGAUAAAGCUGAGGGAGCACAGUAUAGAGAUGAGCUUCUUUCAAAAAUUAUCGAUAUAUGUUCACAAAAUAAUUAUCAAUACAUAACAAAUUUUGAAUGGUAUGUUAGUAUAUUAGUGGAAUUGACUAGAAUUGAUGGUACAAAACAUGGUUCUGUUAUUGCUUCUCAGAUGCUAGAUGUUGCUAUUAGAGUUCAAGCAAUAAGAAGUUUUGCAGUUUCUCAAAUGGCAGUUCUCCUUAAAAAUGCUCAUUUGCUGCAAGGAAAUUCAGACCGAAAUAGCAUAUGUGAAGUAUUAUAUGCUGCAGCUUGGAUUUGUGGAGAGUUUGCAGAGUUGCUCAGUUCUCCUUUUAAUACUUUAGAAGCUAUGUUAGAUGAAAAAAUAAUGUUUCUUCCAUCACAUAUCCAAAGCAUUUUUGUGCAGAAUGCAACCAAAUUAUAUGCACGAGUUACUGAAUUGAAUGAACUAGAAGAUGAUACUGAGAAUGCUAUUAUUGCUUCAAACCUGAUAAUUGAUAAGAUGCCUAUGUUCGUUCAGAGUGCUGAUUUAGAAGUUCAAGAAAGAGCAUGUUGUAUUCUUCAUUUAGUCAAACAAGUUCUUAAGCUCCAAACAAAAGGAGAGAAAGUUUCUUGUGAAUUGCUUUCUUUAUUUGCUGGUGAACUGAACCCUGUAGCUCCGAAAGCGCAAAAAAAAGUGCCUAUUCCUGAUGGUUUAGAUUUAGAUGCUUGGAUCAAUGAACCCCCUUCAGAAUCUUCGUCUGAAGAAGAAGUUGGUGGAGAUAUUUUUAUUAAGACUGAGCACAAGCUGGUAAUGCAACAAGCUGUUUCAAAAAGAUAUGAACCAUCUGAAGAACUGCUGGAAAAGCUACGAGAAGCCAGAAAAUUUGAACAAGCAAAUAAUCCUCAUUACUUGAAAUCAGAUGAUAAGAGUACUGAUGUCAGUGCUAUUGAUGAUAUUCCUGUAGCUCAAAUAGAUUUAUCUGUUCCGCUUCAUAUUCCUGGUCUCAUUUCUUCUGAGAAGUAUCUUAAUAUAGAAAAUGGUAUUUCAAAAAAGAAGCAUCGGAAGGUCAAGCGAAAAAAGAAAAGCAAGAAGGUUAAACUUCCUCCUGAGAGUGAAGAAGAUAUCCCCCCUUUGCAUGUUGUAAACAUUAUUGAAGGAGAAAUGCCAGAUGGUGCUAGAGUAAGUGCUGAUGAAGAUGAUCGAAAUGUAGAUGAUCCUCAUCGAGCCUUAAAUAUUGACUUGGAGGAUAAUACUUUUAGACCUAUCAAUAAUGCUGAACUGCCUUCAUCUGUACCUGCUCAAGAAUCAUUAAACAAUUGGGAUGGGAGUACAUCUAAGAAGCAUAAGACAAAGAAAGAAAAAGAGAAGCUUAGACGACAUAAAGAUUCUGAUGCACUGAAAAGCAAAAAGAUGAAGAAAGAAAAAAAAAGGAAAGAUCGCGAAAGAGAUAGGGAACGAGAACAAACAAUAGAGGAUCGCCCAAAAGAUAAAGCAGAAUAUGAAGAAGCACCAGGGAUAGCUACACCAUCUAAGGAACCUGGUUUUAAUUUUCCUCAGACACCUAUGACGCCUUCAAUGUCUUUAGUUCCAAGUUACAGAUUACUUGCAGAGGAUAAGAACAUUCGUGUUACAUAUGAAACAAGAGUUUUGCCGGACAGCUAUAGUCAAGUCUUAAUUUCCCUUUUGUUGCAAAAUGCUAGUAAAUUUAAUGUAAAAGAACUAGAAUUUAAUUUCAUAGAAACUGUUGAUGUGAAAAUGAUUAAACAGACUGUGGAUGAUUUGAAUGAUGGCUUUGUGAAAGUUCCAUUCCAGCUUCCCCCUUCUACUGUAAAUGAAAUUCAAGUAAUGCUAUCAGUGGAGAACAUAACACUGGUUCAGACUUUAAGGGGUACGCUUACUUACAUAAUAUUGGGUGAUGCCACAUCUACACAUGAGAAAUUGGAUUUUAAGCUUAAUUUACCUGUGUCAUCUUUCAUGGUUGGAUCAAUGCAUAAAAGGGAUACAUUUACUGAUUUACUGAGUAGUAGUGACCUCUCUGCAACGGAUUCAAUCACGAUUGAUGUAGCAGAUCUUGAUUUUUUGCACAUUCUAGCAAAAAUUUGUUUCCACUGUCAUUUCUCAGUUGUUGAACAAUUAGGUACCAGUGCCUCAUUAUACAGUCGUUCCAUCCAAGAUGAUCAUGUCUGUCUUCUAGUCAAACACAUGAAUCCAAAUCAUAUAGGAAUUGAAGCAAAGGGGUCAAAUCCGUCUUUGAUUACUGGUCUGCUAGAAGAAAUAAAAUGUAUGUUUUUUUCAUCAGAAGAUAUAUCUUAAGUGUUUUAUAAAAUGGUAAAGGACUUCUUCAAAGAAACUUGUGAAAAACAUUAAAUAUAUUUUCUUUGCAA